AUUUGAAUGCUAUAGCAACAAGAAACGACAUCAAAUAAAACGACAAACAAUGAAGAGGGGGAAGCAGAGAGAAAACAGAGUGUGAGAGAGGAGAGAGGAGAGAGGAGAGAGGAGGGAGGAAGAAAGAUCAGCCACCAAAGCUAAUUGAGGUUCUGUGCUCUUUUGUCUUUACAGUUUCUGUAGUAGGAGUGUGGUUGGUGCUAUUUUCCUUGAGGGUGCCUAAUAUGAGCUUCACGUCUCCAUCUGUGGGUUCUGGUGGUAGAACUGUUAGAAGGGCAUUUGAGUUUGGAAGAACCUAUGUAGUCCGACCUAAAGGCAAACACCAGGCCACCGUAGUUUGGCUACAUGGCCUUGGUGAUAAUGGCUCAAGCUGGUCCCAGCUCUUGGAAACCCUCCCUCUUCCAAAUAUUAAAUGGAUUUGUCCAACCGCUCCUACUCAACCAAUUUCAGUUUUUGGUGGUUUUCCUUCCACUGCUUGGUUUGAUGUUGGAGAACUCUCAGAAGAUGCUCCGGAUGAUAUGGAGGGCUUGGAUGCUUCAGCAGCACAUGUAGCUAAUUUGCUGUCAACGGAGCCCGAUGACAUUAAACUUGGAGUUGGAGGUUUUAGUAUGGGUGCAGCUACAGCUCUGUACUCAGCCACCUGCUUUGCUAUAAAGAAAUAUGGGAAUGGUACUCCAUAUCCAUCCAAUCUGAGUGCAGUUGUUGGACUCAGUGGAUGGCUUCCAUGUUCCAAGACCUUGAGUAAGAAGUUUGAAGAAGCAAGUGAAGCUGCAAGACGUGCUGCCUCCUUUCCACUUUUGUUAUGUCAUGGAAAAGGUGAUGAUGUGGUUCCUUAUAAGUUCGGCGAGAAAUCUUCACGAGCUCUGAGUGCAACUGGCUUUCAGGAUGUGACGUUCAAAUCCUAUAAUGGGCUUGGUCAUUACACAAUUCCUGAAGAGAUGGAUGAGGUUUGUGCUUGGCUAAAUUCAAAGUUGGGGCUGGACGGAACUCCUUCAUAGUUUGCUUCCAUGAGAAAUCUCAAGCAACAUCAAGAGGCAGAAAAUGAAGGGAAGAUGUUAGAAACAUGGAAUUUUUAGUGGUUUGCUAGCGAGUUAUGACCUAUAUGUUCUUUAAGGCUUGUUAUUGUUUGGCUGGUUGGAUAAAAUCCAUAUUCAUAUGUAAUAGGAUAUUCAUUAUUUGGAUCAUGAAACAUGCCGUUUGAACGUAGCUGGUCACUGCUUUGUUUUC